CCCAGGCUGAGCAGCUAUUUAACAGGCCCAACGCCCAGUUGUUUCCACUCGUCAGUAAGCAUCCGAAAAUCGCUGCAGCUCCUUCUGGUACGUAGAUGGCAUCGUCAAUGCAGAGACCUGUAUGCUUGGUGGACAAUGGGCCUGAUGGGAACAUGAGUGUCCAGCAGGGGGCACUGCAGAAGCUACAGCAGAUCCAGCAGCCGGUGGUGGUGGUGGCUGUGGUGGGGCUCUACCGCACGGGGAAGUCCUACCUCCUGAACAGAUUGGCUGGGAAACAGACAGGCUUUGCCCUGGGCAGCACGGUUGAGUCCAAAACCAAAGGAAUAUGGAUGUGGUGUGUACCUCACCCAAAGAAACCAGGACACACUCUGGUGCUGCUGGACACUGAGGGACUUGGGGACGUGAAAAAGGGGGACUCCAAGCAUGACACCAAGGUCUUCGCUCUGGCUGUUCUCCUGUGCAGCACUCUGGUCUACAACAGCAGAGGAACCAUCGACAACAAAACAGUGGAGGAGCUGCAAUGUAUCGCAGAAUUGUCUGAAUAUAUCAAAGUGAAGGCAUCUGAUGAAGAGGGAAAUGACUCUGAGUUUGUUAAGUUUUUCCCCUCGUUCAUCUGGGCCGUGAGGGACCUCACUUUGGAGAGAAAGAUUGAUGAGAAAGAUGUCACAGAUGAUGGCUACCUAGACUACGCCUUGCAGCUGAAGUCUGGUUCUGGCAAAAACGUGGCUGCAUACAACGCUCCUCGGGAGUGCAUCCGGAAUUACUUCCCAUCCCGGAAGUGUUUCACCUUCCCGUUCCCAACCAACCCAGACAAUGUGAUCCAUCUGGAGACGCUGGCCUUGUCUGAACUGGACUCAAGAUUCCUGGAUGUGUCGGCACGAUUCUGCUCCUACGUCUAUGAGCACAGUCCAGUGAAGCAACUGGAUGAUGGAAUGCACAUAGUGAAUGGCAGAGUCUUUGGCCAUAUGGUGAAACUGUACGUGGACACCAUAGCAAAUGGUGGAAUCCCGUGCUUGGAGAAUGCAGUGGUUGCCAUGGCGCAGAUUGAGAAUGAGGCUGCUGUGAAGGAUGGGCUGUUGUUGUACAAGGAGGAGAUGUCGAAGCUGAAGAGCAGCUUCCCCAUGUCUCUGAAAGACUUCACCUCUGCACACCAGAGCCUUAACAAGCUCGCCAUUGAGGCUUUCAUGAAGCGCUGUUUCAAAGAUGACAAGGGGAAUUACUUGAAAUCGCUAGAGGACUCCAUUAAGGAGCUGUUCAGCAGCUCCCUGAAGGACAAUGAAGAGGCAUCCUCUGUCUUCUGUCAGAAAAUCCUCUCCAAUCUCUCAGGCCCAAUGAAAGCUAAACUGCAGCAGGGAGUUUACAGCGCAGCAGGAGGGUACCAGCUCUUCAGUAAUGACAUGGGAGACAUCAUCACUAACUACAACAAAAAGACCAAAGGAGCACUCAAGGCUGAUGAAGUGCUUAAGGAGUUUCUGGAGCAAAAGGAGCAGGAGGCUGCAGCCAUCCUGCAGGCUGAUAAGAAUCUGAGCCAGAAAGAGAAACAGAUAUAUGAGGAGCAGCAGCGUGCUGCGGUGAUGCACCAGGAGGUCCGGGCGGCUCAGGAGCAACAGCGCGUUCUGGAGGAGAAGAUGGAGGCUGAGCGCGUCAACGGAGAGGAGCGCGUGCGGCAACUGAUGAUGAAAAUGGAGAGUGACAUGGAACGGCAGCAUCAGCAGAACGAGCAGGCCAUGCAAGCUAAACUACGUGAACAGGCAAUUCUCCUAGAACAGAACUUCCAGGGCAAAGCAGAGCGUUUGAAUCAGGAGAUGGAAGAGGUGAGGAAAAGUGCAGCAGAGUCGGAGAGAGAGCGCAGUCGAGAGUUCAGGGAGAGGAUGGAGGCCAUGGACCGCCGCCAUGACGACGCCAUGGAGAUGAUGAAGAAGCAGCAGGAGCAGCUGCAGGAGCAGCAGAGGAUCAUGAACGAGCGGCUGCCACCCAAGCAGGAAGAGGAUGAUGAUGAUAGCAGCUGUGUCAUUCUGUAACAAUCACCAUCAUCACCAUCACUAUUCAUCACAUUCAACACAUCAUCACCGCAUCCACUAAAUAUACACAGAUUUAAGCCACUCAUCAGCACAUCCACUUGAUACACUGUUUUUACUAAUGCAUAACCACAAUCACUGGUACUCAAUGCACUACUUUUUAACUGGCGUCAGACUUAACCCAGAGGUUGCCGGUUCGACUCCCGACCUGCCAGGUUGGUGGGGGGAGUAAUCAACCAGUGCUUUCCCCAUCCUCCUCCAUGACUGAGGUACCCUGAGCAUGGUACUGUCCCGCCGCACUGCUCCCUAGGGGCGCCAUUGAGGGCUGCCCCCUUUCACCGGUGAGGCAUUUCGUUGUGUGCAGUGUGUGCGGUGUUCACUUGUGUGCUGUGGAUUGCUCUGUCACAAUGACAAUGGGAGUUGGAGUUUCCCAAUGGGCUUUCACUUUCACUUCACCCUAUACUGUGUAUAUGAAAUGCGAUAUACAAGUAAAUUAGCCAAAUACACUUGCAUAAAUACACUAUCUGAUGAUAAUCACUUAUAAUCACUGAUAAUCAUAGAGUAGGCUGUUUAAUACUCCUACCAUCACUUAAUACACUAACACUAGAACAGUGUUUCUCAAACUUUUUCAGACCGAGGACCACUUUGUCCCCCCAAAUAUCUUCAAGGACCACCUGUCAAAUGAAUUGACAGUUGACAUGUGCUAAUUUGACACUGCUAUUUUGAAUACAGACCACUUACUUUUGGGGGGGGGGAAAUGGUGGGGAAAAUAAGACUUCAGUUGUGUUUAGCUUUGUAAUAAUGUUACAAAUAGAGCAUACAGCUAGCUUGUCUAGGAAAAGUAGAAAUCCGCUCGCGGACCACCUGAGCUCUGUCGCGGACCACAAGUGGUCCCCGGACCACACUUUGAGAAUAACUGCACUAGAACA